CUUCUAUUGAAAUGAACCAACAUCAACUCACUCAACCCAACAACAUUUAAUUUCUAACAUCAUUUUUUCCCCGAGUGGUUGUCAACCACAUUAAACGGACAAUUGCUCAACCAAUUGACCGAGUAAUGUUGUGAAAGACACCAUGAUUGAUGCCGGUAGCAAUGGCAUCAGCUAAUAGCUUUUCCAGUUUACCCGAAAAUGGAACUCUCACGAGAGAGCCCGAAACGGGCGUGAAGAGAAUCAGGGCAUGUAUGACAUGUCGCAACAUGAAGAUAAAAUGUGUUUCGGUCCCUGGAUCUAAAGAUUGCGAGACUUGUCUAAGACUCUCAAGGCCUUGCCAAGAUCCGGGUCCACCGAAGGCGCGCAUGAAGACCUCUCAAAAGUUCUCCGAGCUUGAAAGCAGGAUUGAUGCUUUGACGAGCGCCUUGGAAAUUGAGAGGCGACGAAACCAACACUCGCCUAAUCAAACGAGGGGCGAAGCAUUACAGUCUACCACUCCAGAUUCUAACGGUAGAGAAGAUGACUUCCUGUCACAUGCCGAACGGCGGAUCCAACCGGAGCGUGUGACUAACGAUGUCGGAAUGGAUGUUGCGAUGUAUGGCGAUGUUGUGAACCAGAGGUUGGUGGACGCUUCCACGGCUUCGCUUCUAUUUGAUCAUUGGAAUCUCCAUAUGCGCCCGUUGAUGCCUGUUAUUGAGAUUUCAUCCGAGGAAGAUGUAUCUGCGAUUAGGAUGAAGAAGCCUAUACUCUUCUUGACCAUCAUGACGGUCGCCAGCGCCUCUAUCAGGCCAUCUCUCGUACCCCCUCUCCUAACACGGCUUAACAAUACGUUAGCUCAGGAUGUAUUCAUCCAGGGUGCUAAAUCACUUGACCUAUUGCAAUCUAUGAUCCUUUUCUCACAAUACUAUAUACAACCUCCUCAUAUCAGAUCCUUCGCACUACCCCAGCAUGUAUACAGCGCCGUGGUGAUGUCGCACGAUCUUGGAUUAAGCACAGGGCCUAAAUUAAAUGGGAGGGAUAAAGCUAGUGCAAAGGAGAUCCAUCGAACGUUAUUAGCAGUCUAUUUGGGCGCAUCUUGCUCAACCACUCUUCUACGCCGCCAUCAACCGCUUCUGUUCACCUCAUCCCACCGAGACUGUAUGGAAGCCCUAAUGCGAGACUCCGACAGGCGAAACGAUGAUCAAUGGUUAUGUAACCUGGUAGCUCUUCAGGAGAUCUUCGACGAGGCUUCGAAAACUUUGAACGCCCCAUAUCAGGCUACCGAAGAACCCUUCGACGAUUUUAGGACUCAGCACGUACUGGGGAUUUUCCGGCAGAGGUUAGCUGAUUGGAAACAAUCUGCGUCAGGGAACAUUGAACCCCAGCUCAAAAGCAUCGCAGCUUCAGUAGCCGAUCUCUACAUACACCAGGUGGCCAUCCGCAUCUACAGCCGCCAGAUGGUCUCUUGGCUUCAAAGCGUGAAGAAAAGUAAAACAACCCUAACUCGACCAGCCCUCACGGUCACACAUAUUGACGCGCUCUUACAUUGCCUAAAGACGGGCGCGGGCAUCUUUAAUACCUAUCUAUCGUUGGGCGAUGCCCUUGCACGCUCUCUUCCUAAUAUAUUUUUGAUCUGGAAUCUAGCUACAGCAGUUUGCCUUAUUAGACUUGGUCAUUUCACUAAUGAUCUAUCACGUUAUCGAACGAGUCAUGGCGAUAUAUACGACGUACCUUCCCCGCUAGAUCUCGUCGAAGGAAUGAUUCAGAAGCUCGCUAGACUUUCGCAACAUGGGUUCUUCCCGCAAUCACGGCCAUUCUUAAACGCCUUCCAGAAAUUGAAGUCUUGGUACCAACAGAAGAAAAUCGUCUGCCUGAACAGUAAUAAUGGGAGUUGCGAUGAUGGAAGUGGCGGGGCUAUUCAUGAUGUCCUUGGAACCCAGACCCCUCCAGCUUCACCACCAGCUACGGUAUCGGAUUUUCCUACACCUGCCCAAAUUCAAACUAACGAGCAAGCUCGGUUUGGGACUGAAGGGGAUGUCUCGAUUGGAAUGCCUAUUAUACAGAAUGACUGGGAUGCCAGUCUACAGGCUCUUGGAGAGACUCGAACAUUAGCUGACGCAACAGUCGCUAAUGCCGCCUUGGAUCCAACUUUUAGUUCUGGAUACUUCGAUACGGGCUUAGGUAAUUUCGAAUUCGGUUUUGGUGAUAUUAGAGAUAUGGAUAACUUUAUGAUGCAGACGGGUGAGGGUGAUGGAGGCCUAUGGUCUUUGUUGUAAUUACAUAAUCGCUACUUUCUAGAAGUCCUAUAGUACAAUCACGAUGGCUUCGUAUGACGAUGAAGAAAUACCCCACAUAUAAUGCUACAGAAUCCGGUUUUCCAUCAUGAUCGUUUAUUAUUAUUAAAAUUGUUUGUAAGGCACGCCAAGAGUUGUUAUUUCUAGCCUUCGGAAUAGCGAACAAGCCCAUCGUAAUACCAGGCAACAAGAUUUAUCAUCAU